AGCAUGGUAAAAUGUCCGGCUGAUGGAAUGACGAUUAAGAGCAGAGAUAGUAACAAUCAACGAAUUGCUGCUCUAGAAGAAAAGGUAGCAGAGCAAUCAAAGACGAUAGCAGCGCUUCAACGGCAACUACAGAGCCUGAGUGCUAUUCUGGCGAGUGCUGCUCAAUGCAUAGCGGAACCUAUCCUCGUGGAGGAAGUUACCACUACAGUAGCAACUGAAGAAACAAAUGGGAUACAGACUACUGACAGAUUAGCAGAAAGACAAGAAGAGCUGGUUGAAGAAGAGGUAGCCCCGGUGAUAAGUCCCGUCAAAAAGGAGACCCCACCUCCGGUCCAGUACAACUACAAAAACCUGCUCCAGGAGCAUGUUGUCAAACAAGGCUGGACUCUACCAACUUAUCAGACUAGCAAGUGUGCUGGCGGUUUCUCUAGUAUUAUAACAGUGAAUGAGAACAGUUACACUAGCAAGACUAUGAAGUCUAAAGUUUUGGCGGAAAAGUCAGCCGCUUGUGUAUUGUUACAAGCCCUGAACGUUAUCGAUGAAAAUGGUGUUCCAGUAGCAGACGGGGAUCCUAAGCGGAAUGCAGGUGUCUCUAAAUACUCUUGGUGUAAGAAUCAGUUGCAGGAAUACUUUGCUAAGUGUGGUUUAAAGUAUCCCUCGUACACUAUCACCCCUGUAGGAGGUAAAGGUUUCACUGCGGAGGUGAGUCACGAGAAGUUUCCAGAAAAGGUUCUCGGUCCCCUGGCUUGCAGCAAGAGGAUAGCUGAGCAGAUGGUGGCCCACAAAGCCAUCUCCGUCUGGAAAAUUAUAGAAGACUCUUCGGAUUCGUAAAGAAGGCUUGUUUGUAAUCGUUUAAGGUUAUUUUGGUUUAAUGUGAGCUUUUGUUCAGGUAAUGAUGUUUAAUGUUGAUGUUUACUUAAUUUUCGCUACGUUCAAUAAGUGAAAAAGAGGGACAAAAUAUAUUCAGCUAGCCUCGGCUGUUUUUUUUUGUCUGGUUGGGUUUGGUUCCUUCUUUUAUUUUCUUUUAACAUCAUUUAUCAUUAUAUUAAUAUCAUUGAUUUCUUGACAACCAUUUUUGAAUACAUGACAACAGCACGCACGUGGCUUAAUAAACCACCUUCUGUUACCGUGUUACUAUAUUGUAAAGUAAAUUUCGCUUAUUUGUUUAUAUAAUACUCAUUUUGUUAACAACGUGACUUUUUAACUUCCCUUGAUGCAUUUACCUGCCCUGGGACGUUCUUGAACAGUACCUAAAAGAAAUGUUUGCAUCUAUCUUCAACCUAACCCAAAAUCCACCUCUUACCCGACAACAGGAGGGUUAAAAGUAUGUGAAACGUUGCACUGUGGCUGAACGUCCCGUGGCAGGACUUUGGGCAGUAUCUAAGAAGUCCGACCACUGAGGAUAGAUUUUAGGGUCAGCGUCGGGGGGGGGGGGGGGCGUCCAUAAAGAUUAGUCUAACUCUAACCCUAAAGAUUUCUACCCUAACCUAUACCUCCAUUAGUCGGUUUCUUGGACACUUUCAAACUCUACGGGAAUUUCAAUUAAAUUAUCAAACUGUUUAUCGGGAGUUAUAUCACUGUCUAUGUUUUUACUUCACUACAAUAUUAACUGAACUAUAGUCUGUUAGUCACCAGUUCAGUGAUAUUGUACCAAAUGAUUUCUCAAUCUUGGAUGGUCUUGAUGUUUCUUCCAGUUGGUUUUUGCUAUUUAAUUACUAAUUUGAAACUUU